GUCACCCUUCUCCCACACGUGUCCCCUUCUCCUCUUCCUCUGCGUCUGCUCUUCUCAGAAGUUAGCUUACAAAGCAAAGUUGUAACUGAAUUCCUGUUUUUCCAGUCAUCCUCAUGUGACAGGAUGUCUCCUUAGUGGAGGCUUUCCCUAAAUUCAGGAGCCCUUUAAAAGGGAGGGCUUCCUCUGUGGUUCUUUUCAGCUGGGCAGCUCUGAGACCUUGGAUUAGGUGGAGGUGCAGUCAGGGAGACGCAUUGUUUUGCUGCUUUGUUGCGCCCUCCUCUCCAUCUGAGGAAGGAAAGGAUAAACCCUGAGCCAUGAGGCUACCUCUGCUCCUGGUUUUUGCCUCUGUCAUUCCGGGUGCUGUUCAGCUACUGGACACCAGGCAGUUUUUAAUCUAUAAUGAAGAUCACAGGCGCUGUGUGGAAGCAAUAAAUCCCAGUGCAGUCCAAACUGCGGCUUGCAACCAGGAUGCUGAAUCACAGAAAUUCCGAUGGGUGUCCGAGUCUCAGAUUAUGAGUGUUGCAUUUAAAUUAUGCCUGGGAGUGCCAUCCAAAACUGACUGGGUUCCUGUCACUCUUUAUGCCUGCGAUGCAAAAAGUGAAUUUCAGAAAUGGGAGUGCAAAAAUGACACACUUUUGGGGAUCAAAGGAGAAGAUUUAUUUUUUAACUAUGGCAAUAGACAAGAAAAGAACAUUAUGCUCUACAAGGGAUCAGGUUUAUGGAGCAGGUGGAAGAUCUAUGGAACCACAGACAAUUUAUGCUCUAGAGGUUAUGAAGCCAUGUACACGCUACGGGGCAACGCCAAUGGAGCAACCUGCUCAUUUCCAUUCAAGUUUGGAAACAAGUGGUACGCAGAUUGCACGAGUGCCGGGCGGUCAGACGGAUGGCUCUGGUGUGGAACCACUACUGACUAUGACACAGACAAGCUAUAUGGAUAUUGUCCAUUGAAAUUUGAGGGAAGUGAAAGCCUAUGGAAUAAAGACCCGCUGACCAGCAUUUCCUACCAGAUAAACUCCCAAUCCGCUUUAACGUGGCACCAGGCAAGGAAAAGCUGCCAACAACAGAGCGCCGAGCUCCUGAGCAUCACAGAGAUACAUGAGCAAACAUACCUCACAGGAUUAACGAGUUCCUUGACCUCAGGACUCUGGAUUGGACUUAACAGUCUGAGCUUCAAUAGUGGCUGGCAGUGGAGUGACCGCAGUCCAUUCCGAUAUUUGAACUGGUUACCAGGAAGUCCAUCAGCUGAACCUGGAAAAAGCUGUGUGUCACUAAAUCCUGGAAAAAAUGCUAAGUGGGAAAAUCUGGAAUGUGUUCAGAAACUGGGCUAUAUUUGCAAAAAGGGCAACACUACUUUGAAUUCUUUUGUUAUUCCCUCAGAAAGUGAUGUGCCAACUAACUGUCCUAGUCAGUGGUGGCCAUAUGCAGGUUACUGUUACAAGAUUCACAGAGAGGAGAAGAAAAUCCAGAGAGACGCCCUGACCGCGUGCCGGAAGGAGGGCGGUGACCUAGCAAGCAUUCACACCAUCGAGGAAUUUGACUUUAUUAUCUCCCAGCUAGGAUAUGAGCCAAAUGAUGAACUGUGGAUUGGCUUAAAUGACAUUAAGAUUCAAAUGUACUUUGAGUGGAGUGAUGGGACCCCUGUAACAUUUACCAAAUGGCUUCGUGGAGAACCAAGCCAUGAAAACAACAGACAGGAGGAUUGUGUGGUGAUGAAAGGCAAGGAUGGGUACUGGGCAGAUCGGGCCUGUGAGUGGCCUCUUGGCUACAUCUGCAAGAUGAGAUCACGAAGUCAAGGUCCAGAAAUAGUGGAAGUGGAAACAGGCUGCAAGAAAGGCUGGAAAAGACAUCACUUUUACUGCUAUUUGAUUGGACAUACACUUUCAACAUUUGCAGAAGCAAACCAAACUUGCAAUAAUGAGAAAGCUUACUUAACAACUGUUGAAGACAGAUAUGAACAAGCCUUCUUGACGAGUUUCAUUGGAUUAAGGCCUGAAAAAUAUUUCUGGACAGGACUUUCAGAUAUACAAACCAAAGGGACUUUUCAGUGGACCAUUGAGGAGGAAGUUCAGUUCACCCACUGGAAUUCAGAUAUGCCAGGGCGAAAGCCAGGGUGUGUUGCCAUGAGAACCGGGAUUGCAGGGGGCUUAUGGGAUGUUUUGAAAUGUGAUGAAAAGGCAAAAUUUGUGUGUAAGCAUUGGGCAGAAGGAGUAACCCGCCCACCGGAGCCCACAACAACUCCCGAACCCAGAUGUCCGGAGGAUUGGGGCACCAGCAGUAGGACGAGCUUGUGCUUCAAGCUAUUUGCAAAAGGAAAACAUGAGAAGAAAACGUGGUUUGAAUCUCGAGAUUUUUGUCGAGCUCUGGGUGGAGACCUAGCUAGCAUCAGUAGCAAAGAGGAACAGCAAACAAUAUGGCGGUUAAUAACAGCUAGUGGGAGCUACCAUGAACUGUUUUGGUUGGGAUUGACAUACGGAAGCCCUUCAGAAGGCUUUACUUGGAGUGAUGGUUCUCCUGUUUCAUAUGAAAACUGGGCUUUUGGAGAACCUAAUAAUUAUCAAAAUGUUGAAUACUGUGGUGAGCUGAAAGGUGAACCUGGUAUGACUUGGAAUGAUAUUAACUGUGAACACCUUAACAACUGGAUUUGCCAGAUACACAGAGGACAAACGCCAAAACCUGAGCCAACGCCAGCUCCUCAAGACAAUCCACCAGUCACUGAAGAUGGGUGGGUUAUUUACAAAGACCACCAGUAUUAUUUCAGCAAAGAAAAGGAAACCAUGGACAAUGCGCGAGCAUUUUGCAAGAGGAAUUUUGGUGAUCUUGUUUCUAUUCAGAGUGAAAGUGAAAAGAAGUUUCUGUGGAAAUAUGUAAACAGAAAUGAUGCACAGUCCACAUAUUUUAUUGGUUUAUUGAUCAGCUUGGAUAAAACGUUUGCUUGGAUGGAUGGAAGCAAAGUGGAUUAUGUGUCUUGGGCCACAGGUGAACCCAAUUUUGCAAACGAGGAUGAAAACUGUGUGACCAUGUAUUCAAAUUCAGGGUUUUGGAAUGACAUUAACUGUGGCUAUCCAAAUGCCUUCAUUUGCCAGCGACAUAACAGUAGCAUCAAUGCCACAGUCACGCCUACCAUACCUUCGGUCCCGUCGGGAUGCAAGGAAGAUUGGAAUUUCUACAACAACAAGUGUUUCAAAAUCUUUGGAUUUGUUAAAGAAGAAAGAAAAAAUUGGCAAGAGGCACGAAAAGCUUGUAUAGGCUUUGGGGGGAAUCUUGCCUCCAUACAAAAUGAAAAAGAGCAAGCGUUUCUUACCUAUCAUAUGAAGGAUUCCACUUUCAGUGCCUGGACUGGGCUGAAUGAUGUCAAUUCAGAACACAUGUUCCUUUGGACAGAUGGGCGAGGAGUUCACUACACAAACUGGGGAAAAGGUUACCCUGGUGGGAGAAGAAGCAGUCUUUCUUAUGAAGAUGUUGACUGUGUUGUUAUUAUUGGAGGUCCAUCGAAUGAAGCAGGAAAAUGGAUGGAUGAUAACUGUGAUAAAAAACGAGGCUACAUAUGCCAGAUACCUCCUGACCCAUCCUUGACUAAUCCUCCAGCAACCACUUCAACAGAUGGCUUUAUUAAAUAUGGCAAAAGCAGCUAUUCGAUCAUGAGACAAAAAUUACAAUGGCAUGAAGCAGAGACAUACUGCAGGCAUCACAAUUCCCUUUUAGCUAGCAUUCUGGAUCCCUACAGUCAUGCAUUUGCAUGGCUGCAGAUGGAAAAAUCUGAUGAACGUGUGUGGAUCGCCCUGAACAGUAACUUGACCGAUAAUAAAUAUACUUGGAUUGAUAAGUGGAGGGUGAGGUACACUAACUGGGCUGCUGAUGAGCCCAAAUUGAAAUCAGCAUGUGUUUAUCUGGAUCUUGACAGCUACUGGAAGACAGCACAUUGCAAUGAAAGUUUUUACUUUCUCUGCAAAAAAUCAGAUGAAGUCCCUGCUACUGAACCCCCACAACUGCCUGGCAGAUGUCCAGAGUCAGAUCACACAGCAUGGAUUCCUUUCCAUGGUCACUGUUACUAUAUUGAGUCCUCAUAUACAAGGAACUGGGGCCAAGCUUCUCUGGAUUGUCUUCGAAUGGGUUCCUCUCUGGCUUCCAUCGAAAGUGCUGCAGAAGCCAGUUUUCUGUCAUAUCGGGUUGAGCCACUUAAAAGUAAAACCGAUUUUUGGAUAGGAAUGUUCAGAAAUAUUCAAGGAACGUGGCUGUGGAUAAAUAACAGUCCAGUUUCCUUUGUCAACUGGAACACAGGAGAUCCCUCCAAUGAACGGAAUGACUGUGUAGUUUUACAGGCAUCUUCUGGGUUUUGGAGUAACGCUCACUGUUCUUCCUACAAGGGAUUCAUUUGUAAAAGACCAAAAAUUAUUGAUGCCAGACCUACUCAUGAAUUACUUUCAACAAAAGCUGACCCAAGAAAGAUAGACCCUUCUAAACCGUCUUCCAACGUGGCCGGAGUAGUCAUUGUGAUCCUCCUGGUUUUAAUGGGUGCGGGCCUCGCUGCCUAUUUCUUUUACAAGAAAAGACGUGUGCAGCUACCUCAAGAGGGCGCCUUUGAAAACACUCUGUAUUUUAACAGUCAGUCAAGCCCAGGAACUAGUGAUAUGAAAGAUCUCGUGGGCAACAUUGAACAGAAUGAACACGCGCUCAUUUAGUAUCUCAAUGUGAUUCUGAGAUGCUUGAAUUUGAUAAAAUUGUAACUGAAAUUUAAAAUGUUUAGUUUGAUGUGAUCGUUUCCUUUAAAAUGAGCACUGAAUUUUACUGGUCUGUCCUUUUUUUCUUUGCCUAAUUGAAGAAAUUAUUGCUUGUUUUCUAGCCUGGCAAGAUGUUUUCACAAAAGAGGAAUAAUAAUGCUGAUUACUACCUUUUAAAGUAUCUUAGGUAAAUACACAGCACUACAGCACCAAAAUCUAAGCAUUAGUGAUGCAUAGCUGAUGUCAGCUUCCUGUGGUUUUUAAGCACUCUAGAAACAAUGAGGCUUCUUGGCUUAUUUUAAGGUGCCCCCAAAGAUGUGUUACCUAAUAAAUUGUAACUCAGCAAGUAAAGACCAUUUGAAAAAUCAGGUACAAAUAGCCUCAAAUGGCAUAAAAAUGUAGUUAGUUUUCUCUUCUAUCAGUUGUUAUUUCCACUCCAAUUACUUAGAAUUUUAUAUGUACAUGUGCAGAAGAAUAAGACAGCAGAGAUCGAGACCAGCCUGGUCAACAUGGUGAAACCCCACCUCUACUAAAAAUACAAAAAUUAGCAAGAGAAUCUUGUUUCCCCCAAGAGAGUUUUACAGGCUGAGUGUUUCAAAUGUGUUCUUUGUCCUGAUAUAUGUAUAUCAGAAAUACAAGGAUGUGAAAUAAAAAUGUAAAUUUGCAUAACUGGAUGUACUUAGAUAAUGUGAAAUAAACAUUAAAGACAAGGUCUAUUUUUAA